AAUUAUCGUCAUACCUUUCGAAGUUUCCACCCACCAUUUAUUCUUCUACCCAUUUACUACAUUUGAAGAUUUAGGAUUUGAUCAGAUCGAAUCAAUUGUGAAAAUGGCUUCUACUACCCAGCCCACAUAUGCCCUCUCCCAGGCGCACAAGGACGCUCUUGAGAAGUCCUUGUUGGAGACCGAUCCUGAGAUAGCUGCGAUCAUGGAGAAAGAGAUCCAGAGACAGCGCGAGUCCAUCAUCCUCAUCGCUUCCGAGAACGUCACCUCCCGCGCCGUUUUCGACGCACUGGGAUCCCCAAUGUCCAACAAGUACUCUGAGGGUUACCCAGGUGCUAGAUACUACGGCGGCAACGAGCACAUCGAUGCCAUUGAGUUGACCUGCCAGGCUCGUGCCCUUACCGCCUUCAACUUGGAUAAGGCCAAGUGGGGUGUCAACGUCCAGUGCCUCAGUGGUAGCCCUGCCAACCUCCAGGCCUACCAGGCCAUCAUGAGGCCCCAUGACAGACUUAUGGGUCUUGAUCUCCCCCACGGAGGCCAUCUGUCCCACGGUUACCAGACCCCUCAGCGCAAGAUCUCCGCUGUCUCCACCUACUUCGAGACCUUCCCUUACCGUGUCAACAUUGAGACCGGCAUCAUCGACUACGAGCAGCUCGAGCAGAAUGCCCUCAUGUACAGACCCAAGGUCCUCGUUGCCGGUACCUCUGCCUACUGCCGUCUGAUCGACUACAAGCGCAUGCGCGAGAUCGCCGACAAGGUCGGUGCCUACCUCGUUGUCGACAUGGCCCACAUCUCCGGUCUCAUCGCCGCCGGUGUCAUCCCAUCUCCCUUCGAGUAUGCCGACAUCGUCACCACCACCACCCACAAGUCCCUCCGUGGUCCCCGUGGUGCCAUGAUCUUCUUCCGCAAGGGUGUCCGCUCCACUGACGCCAAGACCGGAAAGGACAUCCUUUACGAUCUGGAGAACCCCAUCAACUUCUCCGUCUUCCCCGGUCACCAGGGUGGACCCCACAACCACACCAUCACCGCCCUCGCCGUUGCCCUCAAGCAGGCCAACACCCCCGAGUUCAAGCAGUACCAGGAGCAGGUCAUCAAGAACGCCAAAGCCAUCGAGGUCGAGCUCAAGCGUCUCGGCUACAAGCUCGUUGCCGACGGCACCGACUCCCACAUGGUCCUCAUGGACCUCCGCGCACAGUCCCUGGACGGUGCCCGCGUCGAGGCCGUCCUUGAGCAGAUCAACAUUGCCUGCAACAAGAACGCCAUCCCCGGCGACAAGUCCGCUCUCAGCCCAUGCGGUAUCCGCAUCGGUACCCCCGCCAUGACCUCCCGUGGAUUCGGCGAGGAGGACUUCAAGAGAGUCGCUAGCUACAUUGACCAGACCAUCCAGAUCUGCAAGGAGACCCAGGCCGCGCUCCCCAAGCCGGACAACAAGCUCAAGGACUUCAGGGCCAAGGUUGCCGGUGGCGAGAUCGAGAAGAUCAACGCUCUCCGCAAGGAGAUCGCCAGCUGGGCUUCCAGCUUCCCCCUCCCAGUUGAGGGAUGGAGAGCCGAGAAGGUUUAAAUAGUUGUUUGCAUUUUAAGGGUGUUAUGGUGUGAAAAGGGUUAGGGAAAGCUCAUCACAUUUUCCGGCUGGGUUGUUUAUCGUUGCAGAGCCUGCUUCAACGCAGUUGACAUAGAAUUGGAAUUACUUAAAAACAUUAUGGAUCGAAAGAUCACUUGACUUGUUUGAUGUGUACUUGUGCCUGUAGCUGUGGUGGUUUAUAUUGGUAGUACUCCUAUGCGUGGUCCUGAAAUUUGUAUAUAGCGUAGACAUGUUACCG